AAGGAAAUCAAAACAUCAACACAAUCAGAUUAAACAUUAAACAAUGGUUGUAGUUGUUGUAGUGGUUACUGAAACCCUUCAUGGCAGUAAGUGUCUAAGUGUUGUCAUCGUGGUCAUCUUACAGAAACAAGCUUUUGCAAAAAGAUCGCACUACAGUGAGAGAGCGCUGGAAGAUGAGGAUUUAUUGAACAUACAAAACAACUAGCAACAUGAAAGAAAACGUAUGGUAUGUCAGGGAUGAAGCUUGGAUAAGUAAGCAGCAUACUGUAACUAUAAAAUAGUAACGCAUGUCUCUCGAGAUCUUGUUCUGUGAAUGGUGGUCGUUUCAUUCCUACGGCAUUAAUCGCUGAAAAAGUUCGUGAAGGUGUCAGUUUUAAGGGUACAGGGUUCGAAGUGUGUCGGAUGACGAGGGUAAAAAGUAGGAAGCCACUAUUGAUGGUAUCUAUAUGAUAACUCUGCUUGAAGCAAGUAUCUAUGAAAGUGAUCGCUAGACAAAAUAACAUACAAAGACUGAUGCUCAAACAAGAACAAGACUUGUAAUUUCAUAAUAAGAACAGAAUGCGACAGCCAUCGCGUCGACAAGUUUCACAUGCCGAAUUUCCGCGCCGGUUAUGACCCACUUAGCUAUCUCACACAUCUUCAAUCGGCAGUCACCCAAUUAAAAGGUUGUAGACUUCUGCUACACUGACACUGGUCUCAGUCUAGUUGUUGGUAGUCGUCAAAUGUACUGCUGAGGCUGGCAAAUCCACUUUCUUCAAACAAAUGCACAUCAAUUAUGGUAGAGGUUUUUCGGAUGAUGCUCGACUGGAAUAUAAAGGAGUCAUACAUCAAAAUAUUCUGACAGCGAUGCAGUCGAUGCUGAGUGCCAUGAAAGUGUUGAGAAUAUCAUUCGAUAAAAUAGAGCAUUGGCUUCUGGCAAAUAACAUUUUGAUCGUCAAUGUAGACGCCGUAACCGCGACGACUUUGUCAGCCAUAAAAUGUCUGUGGGCCGAUAAAGGUGUGCAACAAUGCUAUGAACGACGAAGGGAAUAUCAGAUAUUCGAUUCGGCGAAAUAUUUCCUUGACAUGUUGGAUUGUAUCACGCAGCCCGAUUACGUACCCAGCGAUGAUCACAUAUUGCGUUCACGAGUUGUUACGACUAGAAUAGUGGAGCACGUUUUCGAUAUACAGCAAAACAAAUGGAAGCGUAAUAAAAACAAACGUUUGUUACUUCGAGUAAUAGAUGUCGGUGGACAACGAUCUGAACGACGCAAAUGGUUACAGUGUUUUGAUGAUGUGACAGCUGUCAUAUUUCUAACUUCCCUCUCAGAAUACGAUCAGACAUUGAACGAGGCCAAAGGUUUAAACCGCAUGGAGGAAUCCAAGAAUCUCUUUCGUGCCAUCUUAUCAACGAGCUAUUUUCGUAAUUCUUCGAUUAUCCUAUUUUUAAAUAAACAAGAUAUACUUGAAGAGAAGAUAUUGACCUCACACUUAGUGGACUACUAUCCGGAGUAUGAAGGUCCUAAACAAAACGCUGACGAAGCAAAAUAUUUUAUACGCCAAAUGUUUGAAGCAUUGGUGCAUAAAGACCGUCCAAUUUAUACACAUUUUACAUGCGCCACGGAUACGAAAAACUUUCGCGUCGUAUUUCUGGCGGUACAAGAUACAAUAAUGAGGUCUUACCUUGAUUCAAUUGGCAUCAAUUAAGCUGCGGUCUUAAGUCUAACCGAGAAAGUUCGUAGAAAAAUUUGUAAUUUUAAAUUUUCUAUUAUUUAUUGUAAGAAAUAUUAUGUUAAUUAUAGUUAUUAUAUAUCGCAUUAUGUUCGCUUAACAAUUACAUAUUUUAAUUUGUAUAAAGUAAAUAAUUAUAAAUCAGUACUAUUUUGAAAAUGUGAACAGCACACGAUCAGCAUAUAUUUCCUAAAGCCAGCGUAGGUAUAAUAUAUAUUCGUAUCACAAAGUCAUUAUGCUCUAAACAAACAAAAUAGCAGAGAUUUUACAUAACAAAGACAACAGCAACAUAUGGAAGCCUGUUUCAAAUAAAUAUUUCUUCUACACUUU